GUCAAUCAUGCGGCGGGGUAUAAACAUUUUCCGAGACGAGAUGAUGGCGGAUCUGUGAUAGGAGAAUUCCCUAUAGCUGCCUCUGUUACGGUCAGUCCGCAUCCAUCGGCCUUGUGGCAACAAAUAUACGAAAUCAAAGAUGGGAGAUCCUCCAAGUCCCAAGACGACAAUCCAAUUUUAACACAACGAUUAUCGGGCAAAAGAGAGAGAAAGUGAGAGAGCAGCGGGGCAUGCUUGGCACGAUUGGCGGAGAGUUAAAACCGAAGAACCAGUUGGGCCUAUUUGUGUGGUCAAACAAUCCUAGUGAGCUAUCAACGUUGUCCUUCUUCUGCUGUUACCGCUGAAUCUGAUGAACCUAUUAUCAACAUCGGUGAUUGCUGACCAAUAAUAGCCUCGCAUUCAGGACACAUUUGCGGUAUUCUCAGCCAACAGAGGAAGGUGAAGAGCCGGAAGUCUUUGUUAUCUCUAACUUGAAUCCUUAUCCAGCUGCCUACGCCGUCCUGUUUCAAGUUUUGUUCUAUGGCUUCUCAAAAGAAGGUAGAAGCAGAGUUUUUCACCGAAUAUGGAGAGGCAAGUAGAUACCAGGUUCAAGAAGUCAUUGGUAAAGGAAGUUAUGGCGUUGUGGGUUCUGCUAUUGACACCAAUACUGGUGAAAAGGUUGCAAUAAAGAAGAUUAAUGAUGUUUUUGAGCAUGUCUCAGAUGCCACGAGGAUCCUAAGAGAAAUUAAACUCCUUCGAUUGCUCAAACAUCCUGAUAUCGUAGAAAUUAAGCAUAUCAUGCUUCCUCCAUCUCGACGAGAGUUCAGGGAUAUCUAUGUCGUGUUUGAACUGAUGGAGUCUGACCUUCAUCAAGUAAUAAAGGCAAAUGAUGAUCUUACUCCGGAGCAUCACCAAUUUUUCUUGUACCAACUUCUUCGAGGACUGAAAUAUAUACAUACUGCUAAUGUGUUUCACCGUGACUUAAAGCCGAAAAAUAUUCUUGCUAAUGCCGAUUGCAAACUAAAGAUAUGUGAUUUUGGGCUUGCUCGAGUUUCAUUUAAUGAUGCUCCAUCAACAAUAUUCUGGACGGACUAUGUUGCAACUCGGUGGUAUCGUGCCCCUGAACUAUGUGGUUCAUUUUUCUCAAAAUAUACCGCUGCAAUUGAUAUUUGGAGCAUUGGAUGCAUUUUUGCAGAAAUUCUCUUGGGGAAGCCAUUGUUUCCUGGGAAAAAUGUGGUGAACCAGUUGGAUCUCAUAACUGAUUUACUUGGGACUCCUCCUCCUGAAUCCAUUGCCAGGAUUCGAAAUGAGAAGGCUAGAAGGUAUCUUAGUGGCAUGCGUAAAAAGAAACCUGUUCCAUUUCCCCAAAAGUUCCCUAAUGCCGAUCCAUUGGCUCUUCGUUUGCUCCAGCGUCUGCUUGCAUUUGAUCCUAAGGAUCGUCCAACUGCUGAAGAGGCAUUAACUGAUCCUUACUUCAAAGGUUUAUCGAAUGUGGAUCGCGAACCAUCCACUCAACCCAUUUCAAAACUUGAGUUUGAGUUUGAGAGGAGAAAAUUGACUAAAGAUGACGUUAGAGAGUUGAUUUAUCGAGAGAUUCUAGAGUAUCAUCCGCAGAUGCUCGACGAGUAUCUUUCCGGUGGAGAGCAGACCAGUUUUAUGUAUCCAAGUGGGGUUGAUCGGUUCAAGCGACAGUUUGCGCAUCUUGAAGAGCAUUAUGGCAAAGGUGAGAGGGGCAUGCCAUUGCUGAGACAGCAGGCCUCCCUACCUCGAGAGCGAGUUUGUGCAGCCAAGGAUGAAAAGAAUGAAGGGGAGGAUUCUGAAAAGCGCAUGGCAGCUGGUGUUGGAACAACUGUUGAGGGUGCUCCCAGGUCUAACGGGACAGAUGCUGAUUAUCAAAAUGGUCCCGCCAAGCCCAACUCCAAUGCCAAUACGCGUAGCUUGUUCAAGAGUGCCAGCAUUAGUGCAUCCAAGUGCGUAGGUGUGAAACCACGCGACAACCUCAAGGAGGAACCGAUUGAGGAGGUGAGUGAUGAAACAGUAGAUGAGAUGACUCAGAAGAUGGAUGUCCUCAAUGCUUAGUUCAUGUCGUUCCCCUCGAUAUUUAUAGACGUAACUUUUGUAAUAAUUUAUUCAUGAGCCUUCAUUAUGUAGUGCACGCCUUUCUGCUCUGCCUCCUCUCCUCAAAGGGAAACACAAAGCGGACUGCCCAGGAAGCUUCCGUAAUUUUUGUGGUGGAAGCUGACUGUAGAAACUCCAUUAUCACGGAUGCUCAUUUCUGUCUUGCUUCCUGUACAGUUAGAAUUGUAAAUUUGUAACUGUAAUUAACUCAGAAUGUAUACGGCUUAUAGUGUGUUGAUGAAACUUCAGGGAUGACCGCUAGUCUGCUACUAUCCAAUCCAAUUGCGGUUGCUCCCAAUAUUUUGCUGUUCUAAAGUCUUCUUGGCUGCAUACUGCCUUGUCUUAUUUCCGUGUUGUAAAUAAGACCACAAGAGCAAGUUUUAAUACCAGUUUCGUUGCA